AAAAAAAAAAAAAAAACCACCAAUCACCCAAUGAUUCUCCUAUCCCCUCCUCUUUCCCUUCGCCCCAACCCCAUCUCCUCCUCAUCUCUCUCGCCCCUCCCCCUCUCCCUCCUCAUCAAUGGCGCCCCCAAAUCGCAUUGUAGGGCACGGGGGAGCCGCUUCACCGUGUGUUUGGCUACAAAACCCCUCAUCAAAGAUAGGGUUUUGAGGGUUAAUGGGAGGGAGGCGCUCUCGGGCGUUCCCGAGAACGUUACGCUCUCGCACAUCACCACCGCUGCGGCGCGCAGUGAGGGGUCGGAUUCGGCUUCAGCUUCGGCCUCGGCCUCGUUCUUGGGGGCGGUGGCCGACCGCGAGGAUUGCCGCCACGUCUUCAAGAUCGGGGUUCUUCGGGAUUGUUGCCUGGUUUGCUUAUUUAGAUUCAGGAUCUUCUGGAUGAUACCUCGGUUUGGAAAUUCUGCGAGUGAUAUCCCGCAGGAGACCCAAAUGUUGCUCUUAGAAAUUAAGGAAGAUAAAAGUGUUUCCAAUGAGGUUGAUGGAAAUUCUGAAGACCCCAUCACUUAUAUCCUACUACUGCCUGUGUUGGAUGGCUUAUUCAGAAGCAGUUUGCAAGGGAAUUCUUCAGACGAGCUUGAGUUUUGCAUCGAAAGUGGUGAUCCUGCUGUACGACAAUCUCAGUUCCUAGAAGCAGUACUCGUAAACUACGGGAACAAUCCCUUCGAUCUCAUGAAAGAAUCCAUGAAAAUAUUGGAGAAACAUAAAGGAACUUUUACGGUGCGUGAACAUAAAAAGAAGCCCGCAAUGUUAGAUUGGUUCGGAUGGUGCACUUGGGAUGCUUUUUAUUUUGAUGUAAACCCGCGAGGAAUCAUGGAUGGCCUUAAGAGCUUAUGCGAAGGAGGGACUCCCCCAAGAUUUCUUAUCAUAGAUGACGGUUGGCAAGACACGGAAAAUGAAUUCCAGAAAGAAGGUGAACCAUCAGCUGAAGGAUCUCAGUAUGGAGCCAGAUUAGUUAGUGUGAGAGAGAACAGCAAGUUCAGAAAUAUCAGUCUUGGUCCAGAUGAAGAGUUCAGGUCUCUAAAAGAUUUCAUUACGGGUAUAAAAAAGACUUUUGGACUCAAGUAUGUCUAUGUAUGGCACGCAUUAAUGGGAUACUGGGGAGGAGUUCACUGGGAAGCACCAGAAACAAAGAAAUAUAACUCAAAGCUAGUAUACCCAAUUCAGUCUCCGGGAAAUCUUGCACACUUAAGAGACCUGACCAUGGAUUGCAUGGAGAAGUAUGGCAUCGGAAUGAUAAACCCGGACACCGUAUUCGAAUUCUACAACGACUAUCAUAGCUAUCUUGUUUCUCAGAAUGUUGACGGAGUCAAAGUGGACGUACAAAAUGUUCUCGAAACACUCGGAAGUGGUUACGGCGGUCGAGUUUCUCUAACAAGUCAGUUUCAUGAUGCGCUCGAGAAGUCUAUCUCCAAGAAUUUUCAGGACAACAGCAUCAUUUGCUGCAUGGGUCAUAAUACCGACUCAGUAUACAGUUUGAAAGUGAGUGCGAUUACCAGAGUAUCAGAUGACUACAUGCCUAGAAACCAAGCGUCGCAGACACUACACAUUGCUGCUGUUGCAUUCAACAGCAUCUUUCUCGGAGAGGUCGUCAUACCUGAUUGGGAUAUGUUUUAUAGCCAGCACUAUGCUGCAGAGUUUCAUGCAGCAGCAAGAUCAUUGGGUGGGUGUGGAAUCUAUAUCAGUGACAAACCUAACCAUCAUGAUUUCGAGCUACUUAAAAAGCUCGUACUCCCUGAUGGAUCAAUUUUAAGAGCUAAAUAUCCGGGAAGGCCUACUCGGGAUUGCUUGUUCACUGACCCAGUUAUGGAUGGGAAAAGUCUGCUGAAGAUUUGGAAUCUGAAUGCAUGCAAUGGAAUUCUUGGCAUCUUCAAUUGCCAAGGAGCAGGAACUUGGCCAUGCCUCGAUAGCAGUCUCAGCAACCCUAAUUCUGAGGCAACUACUCUCAGUGCGAAAGUUCGAUCUGAUGAUAUCGAGUAUCUCGAAGAGGUUGCAGCAAAUAAUAACUGGACUGGUGAUUGUGCAGUUUAUUCCUUCAAUGCUGGUUCUCUUACUAGAUUCCCAAAGAACAAAUCAUGGAGUGUUACUCUUAAAGUUCUUCAAUGCGUGGUUUUUACAGUUUCUCCAAUUAAGGCUUAUAGUCAAAACAUUCAAUUCGCGCCAAUCGGUUUACUGAAAAUGUAUAAUUCUGGCGGAGCUGUUAAAGCUGUUCACUUCACUGACGAUUGUUUAGUCGUCGAAGGAAGAGGUUGCGGUCUCUUUGGAGCAUAUUCAAGUAGAGAACCUAAGAGUUGCGGUUUGAACUCCGAAGACAAGGACUUUGAGUUUAAUAAUGGUAAUAAUCUUUUGACAUUAAUGAUUCCUUCAGGAGUUGAUUCUUGGGAGAUAGAAAUUUAUUUUUAAAGCUACACUUCUAGCCAUUUUCUUUUAUGUUAAUUCUUGCAAUCUACAUACAUAAAGGCAUCCUAAUAGGAAAAUACGUAUACAAAUAGAUGCCAUUUGUCGAUUUUUGCUAAACAUGAUUAUAAUCCGAAAGCAUUUUCUUUGUGUAAUGUUCUUGUCAUAGUAUAUAUGUAUAUACUUCCAUGUUUACAGUAAUAA